AUGGGGUACUUUGGGAACGGAGCGAAGGCGCUGCUCGGAUGUCUUGGACAACACUCGGUGGAUUAUGGACGAUACCUAUUCCAGAUUGCGUUGGUAAUAGGAAUAGUGUUGAUGGCUUAUUGGCUAGGAUCGCUACUUCAUCGAACGCUUUCGAAUGACUUCAGCGAUGAAUCUGAAAGUCCGUCAAGAACCUCCAGAAGUCGUAGACAGGCGGGCGGUUUACCUGACUACUAUGAAGGUGAUACUGGUAGCGAUUCAUUACCGAUGGAGGUGAAAAUUGAAAGGCCCCCGCAUACACUGUCUGAUCGUGACAGGAGAACAUACCGGAUACUCUCUGCAAGUGACGGACAUCCGGAACCAGCUGACGUAUACGACGCUGAUAGAGAUGUGGAAGCCGCCCCACCUGUUCUGAAUGUUGUUUGGGAACCAAAAGAAGGAGCAGUAGCACAGCAGGGCGAAACCAAGACGGCUCGUGGUCCACUUCAACUAGUCUCAUCAACUCCUAUGAAUGUCAAGAAGUACGACCCCGCAAGAGGAUGCAUGAUCGAGGAGCCUAUUGUUGUGAAUCUUUUCGUUGAAUCACAGGAGGGCGGUGAAGGAGCAGGUGUAGGGACCGCUCAGCCGAUGUCUGAUACUGGUCCAGUGCACCCAGGACACAAUGAGACAACGCCAAGUAUAACCCUGACUGAAACGACAACUAAAACUACUGUAACGAGUGGGUUUAGUGCAUCAGAUGUGCUUGAAAAGUGA